AAGACUUUUUCAGGAAGUAGAACAUUAUUAAAAGUCAGAUGUUGCUCAGAGCUGAAGGAAAACCUACAGUGCUGCUCUUGUGAACGCGUCUAUGGAAGCAAGUCUGAACUACACAAUCAUCCAGCAGAAGUAAUGGCGCCCUGCGGCCUCUCGUCUCUUUGAGCAUCAGCAGCCACACCCCGGGGGCAGGAAUGAUCUACCUGGCUCACACAGCACACUGCCAGUUCCUGGGUCUUGUGUUCGGCUUUCUGGCGUGGCUCUUCAUCGUGACGACAACUGGCAUCAACGAGUGGCGCCUCUGGUACGUGGACGACAUGUCCGUCAUCACGUCAGGCGUGGCCUGGGUGGGGAUAUGGAAGGCGUGCUUCUACAGCCACGUCCUCCCCGAGGCCGAGUACUGUCGCAGCAUUGGCGUCUCGGACAGCUUCGUCCCUGCCGAGAUCCCUUCGGCUCAGGUCCUGAUGAUGCUGGCAGUGAUCACCGGCCUGCUGGGGAACGUCAGCGCGGCGGUGGCCGUGAGGUUCGCCUACUUCUCAGUGGAAGACCGCAGGAACAUGAGGCUGAGCUUCAUGGUAGCCGGGGCUCUGUAUUCGGUCACGGCAAUGUUGUCCUUGGUGCCCCUGGUGUGGAACAUGGCCUCCGUUCUGAACAACAGCACCAUAGACUUUCCUCCAGAGUUCAACCUGCCCGUCGCUCCGGUCCGGCAGAGUGUGGGAGCGGCCAUCGGAAUGGGAAUGUUUGCUUCCAUCCUGAUGCUGAUAAGCGGAGUGAUUUUCUUCUGCUACAGGCAUUCAUCGCAAACCACGGACCCGCUCAGCGGCCAUUGUACGGUACCAACACUGCCAAGAAAGUCUGAGCUGCCCAAGGGUGACAGUAAAGCGAUGGAUAACCCAGGGUUCUACAGUGAAGAAAGAUUGUGAUGGUUCUACACAUUUUAAGAACAUUUCUGAACCACCAACCAUGUCCGUAUGUUAAAGAUUCCUCCGCAAUGGCAGGUGCCAAAAACUCAACAAAAACGAUAGCAGGAAUCACCCUGAUGAACGCCAUCUCAUGUGCUACACACUUUCUGUGGCAGGAAUCCAAAUAAAUAUAACCACCAAUAAC